AUGCGCCAGUCACCCGUGCCUCGGAACUACUUCCGCAACUCCAGUCCGAAUUCUACCGCGGGUGAGGGGCGACUGCAGCAGAUCCCCAAGCAAAGACAGGCGAAACAGCAAUCUGGAAAAUCGGCAAUCCAAACGGGCGACGAGGACGAGAAGUUGCGAAGUGUGGGGAAGCGGACAAAGAACCAACGGCAGAAAAUCGGUUUCUUUGCCCACUUUGGCUCGCCGACCUCGACUUCGCAUUGUUGCGCAGACAAAGACUCUACAACCUCAUCCCACAUGCCGUCGACGUCGCCGGCCCUGACGCCGGGCCUGUCGUCUUUUUUGAAGUCCCUCAAGGCCAACCCGAUUGACACUUCGAUCGAGAACCUAAUAUCACUGCUCAAGCGCCGCCAGAUCUGCCAUUCUCGAUCAUGCGCCACUGCAACCGCCUAUCUCCUCCGCAGUGUGGUCUCCCUAUGCCGUACAUCAGAGUCCGUGAGGCUCAUUGAGCGGGUGCAGAGCGUGGGCCGCCGUCUGGUGGCCGCGCAGCCGCGCGAGAUGGUGGUGGGAAACAUUGUGCGACGAGUCCUCGGCCUUAUUCGCGAUGAAGCUGAGGACGACCGCGAGGCCGAGUUCGCACUCAGUGAAUCUGAGAGCCAGCCCCAGACCCCGCGGGCCUUCGAUGAUGCAUCCCUGCCCUUGGACCGCGAUUCGCCUCUCCUGGGCUCCGAGCGCUCGUCUCGUCCUCCUCUCACUUCCAUGUUCAGCCUUCUUUCUCACCCCGAACCCGAAAAUUCCCUGCCGAGCACACCGGGCUCUCAGUCACCGAAUGGUCAUCUGAAUGGCCCCUCGAAAGACCUCCGCGCUGAGGUGCUGGAGGGUAUCAACGAGAUUAUCGAUGAGCUGGGCCAGGUCGACGAGCAAAUCUCUAACUACGCGCUGGAGCACAUCCACUCCAACGAGAUCAUCCUCACUCACACCUCGUCCACGACCGUGCAAAAGUUCCUGCUGCGAGCUGCGACCAAGCGCAAGUUCACUGUCAUUCAUGCCGAGUCAUAUCCCAACAACCACGAGGUCACACAUGCCACUGUCAGUGGCAACCGAUCCAGUGACGACGAGAACCUCAGCUUCGAGUCCUUCCAGAAACCGUUGAUCGCCCUCGGCAUCACUGUCAUUCUCAUCCCCGACUCCGCCGUCUUUGCCCUCAUGUCCCGUGUCAACAAGGUCAUUCUGGGCACGCACUCCGUUCUCGCGAACGGUGGUCUUAUUGCUGCAGCCGGUACCCGCGUCAUUGCCCGUGCUGCCAAGGUUCACCAGACUCCUGUCGUUGUUGUUAGCGGUGUCUACAAGCUUAGCCCUGUUUAUCCGUUCGACUUCGACUCGCUUAUUGAAUACGGUGAUGCCAGCAAGGUCCUUCCUUAUGAAGAUGGUGACCUGGUCGAGAAGAUCGAUGUUCAGAACCCGCUCUACGACUAUGUUCCCGCGGAGCUGGUCGAUCUCUACAUCACCAACCUAGGCGGUCAUGCCCCAUCAUAUCUCUACAGGAUUGUGUCUGACCAUUACCGGAAGGAGGACAUCAGCUUCUAG